AUGGCGAUGAAUCCAGCGGCAAAAUUCAAGAUCAAACUUCCUCCAGAAGUGAAUCGAAUUCUCUACGUUAGAAAUCUGCCCUACAAGAUUACGACUGAAGAACUGUACGAUAUCUUCGGCAAGUUUGGCGCUCUUAGGCAAGUUCGAAUCGGUGUCACUGCCGAAACCAAGGGAACAGCAUACGUCAUCUACGAGGACAUUCAUGAUGCUAAGAACGCAUGCGACCAUCUGUCCGGCUUCAACGUUUGCAACCGAUACCUGGUGGUUUUGUACUACAAUCCAGCCCGAGCGUUCAAGAAGCUGGAGACAGAGAAGAAAGAAGCAGAACUGGCAGAGAUCCGGAAAAGAAUGGGCUUGCGUAGAACUUAA